AAAUAAGACCACUGCAAUCCGCAUACAACGCCUCAUCUCAUCCAACAGGUGUGCAACUGUUCACCUGAAUGGGACACCAACCUCUCCUCUAUCGGGAUAAGGACGUUAUCUUAUCUCUGAAGCACAUUGUCAAGGUAUUAGCCGGUUUGGAGAGAUGUCAGAUGUCGACCAACCGGGCAGCAUGGCACCCAACGAGGCCAAGAAUUAUUUGGGAUUUGACUUUAGUACCCAGCAAGUCAAAGCCAUAGUUGUGAAUGAUCGCCUUGAGGUUCUUCAAGAAGCAGCUGUUCAGUUUGAUAAUGAUCUCCCUGAAUACAGAACCCACGGAGGUGUAAAUGUAAGAGGAGAUGGCCUAACGGUAACGGCUCCAACCAUAAUGUGGGUGAAGGCACUUGACAUGUUGAUGGAUAAACUUCGGGUCGCUGGUGCUGACUUCUCCACGAUUGCUGCUGUCUCAGGAACAGGUCAGCAACAUGGGAGUGUAUACUGGAGACGCGGAGCAGAAAAGAUAUUAGCAGAACUACAGCCAGAUCGCUUCCUUCAUGAUCAGCUAGCAAUGGCAUUCAGUAUCACAGACUCACCCAUAUGGAUGGAUUCCUCAACCACUGCCCAGUGUCAAGCUUUAGAAGAGGCUGUGGGUGGACCGCAGAAACUCUCAGACUUGACAGGUUCCCGGGCUUAUGAACGGUUUACAGGCAAUCAGAUUGCUAAGAUUUAUCAGAGAAGGAAGGAAGCUUACACUAACACAGAGAGGAUUUCGUUGGUGAGCAGCUUUGCAUGUUCCUUGUUCUUGGGUUCGUACGCACCAGUUGACUUUGCAGAUGGCUCAGGAAUGAACCUUUUAGACAUCAAUACUAAAAACUGGUCUCAGCCUUGUCUUGAUGCAUGUGCCCCAGAUUUGGCAGAUAAAUUAGGUACACCUGUGCCUGCGUCUGAGAGGGUUGGAAAUAUUGCUUCCUAUUUUGUUGACCGAUACAGCUUCAAUCCAGACUGUGCUGUUAUAGCCUUCACGGGUGAUAACCCAUCAUCUCUUGCUGGCAUGUGUUUGGAACCUGGAGAUGUCGCUGUUAGUCUGGGAACAAGCGAUACCCUCUUCCUGUGGCUAGACGCUCCAAAACCCAAGUUGGAAGGGCAUGUCUUCAUAAACCCGGUGGACAGCAAUGCAUACAUGGCUCUCCUGUGCUUCAAGAAUGGAUCUUUAACGAGAGAGAGAAUUCGUAACGAAUGUGCCGAUGGAUCGUGGGAUCUCUUUAAUCAGCUUCUGGACAUGACGCCUCGGGGGAACUUCGGCAAUUUGGGAAUGUAUUACGACAAGAAGGAAAUAACCCCAGAACUUGAAGGCACGUUCCGUUUCAACAAAGCUGACGAGCCAGUGUCUCGCUUCACAAGCCGUGAGGUUGAAGUACGAGCCCUGGUAGAGGGUCAAUUCGUAGCCAAGCGUGUUCAUGCGGAAAACUUGGGAUUUAGUGUAGGUACCGGUGCAAGGGUUUUGGCAACAGGAGGAGCCUCUGGUAACAAAAGUCUCCUACAAGUCUUAGCUGAUGUCUUCAAUGCUCCUGUUUACACUAUGGAUGUUACCAACUCUGCCUGUCUGGGUGGUGCAUACAGAGCUAAGCAUGGCCUCUUGGGUGGCAUAUACAAAGAGGUUAUUAAAGGACAGAACUUCACUUUGGCUUGUAAACCUAACUCAGAUGCUGAUAAGGUCUACACUGCAAUGGUGGAACGUUUUGAUCACCUUGAAGCCUCAUUAAUGAAGGAUGCCAAGUAAGACAUUCCCAAGAUUGAUAAGAGAAAAUGUGAGAAUUUAGAAAAGUCAUAAUGGAAAGCAAAAGAAUACUGCCUUUGUUGGCAUAUAUGACAAACAGGCAUAUUAGAUGCACACACCUUUCAAAAGGACAUAUUCAGAAGAGAAAGUUGACCUUCUAUUACAUAUAAGGCCCAGGGGCUUUUUUUUUGGGGGGGGGUCUUUAUUUUUUUAAGUUUGUCUUAUAUGCCAUCAGAUACAGUAUUUUCUUGAGGAAAUCAACAAAGAGUUGUGAGAAAAUGUAAUGGUAAUAGAGGGUGAUAUAAAGGGUGAAUUUUGUCCUAGCUUGGCUUUGCAUUUUUGAAAUAUUGUCAUAUUUUUCUCUGUAGGAUAUCGAUAUAACUGACUUCUACUUAACAAGGGCAUAUGGUUUAAAUAGGCCUGUGCAUUUUAUUGCCUUUUAAGAAUUGCUUCCAGAUAUAUUGCCAAAGGUAAAGUCUUCAUUGCUUUUGAAUUUUUUUAGUACUUUAUAGUGUAUUGACUUAUAGAAAGCAUGCUAUUUAUAGGAUAGUGCAAUUUAUAUUUACAUUAAUUCCCAAAAUAAUAUGCUUCCUUUUUCAUGACUGAACUUAGAAAUUUUAUGAAGA